CUCCCCACCCUUGUCUGGGCCAGGCUAUUCAGCCAAAAGGCAGGCUGAGUGCAGGAGAGGCACAGAACCCGGCAUUGGUCCCUUGGCAGCAGGUUAGCCUGACGCCCGACCUUCUGUCCCCAGAGCCAUGGAGAGAGCCAGUCUGAUCCAGAAGGCCAAGUUGGCAGAGCAGGCCGAGCGCUAUGAGGACAUGGCAGCCUUCAUGAAGGGCGCUGUGGAGAAGGGUGAGGACCUCUCCUGCGAAGAGCGAAACCUUCUCUCCGUGGCCUACAAGAACGUGGUGGGCGGCCAGAGGGCUGCUUGGAGGGUCCUGUCCAGCAUUGAGCAGAAAAGCAAUGAGGAGGGCUCGGAGGAGAAAGGCCCUGAGGUCCGAGAGUACCGCGAGAAGGUGGAGUCGGAGCUCCGGGGCGUGUGCGACACGGUCCUGGGCCUCCUGGACUCCCACCUCAUCAAGGAGGCUGGGGAGGCCGAGUGCCGGGUCUUCUACCUGAAGAUGAAAGGCGACUACUACCGCUACCUGGCCGAGGUGGCCACCGGAGACGACAAGAAGCGCAUCAUCGACUCUGCCCGGGCAGCCUACCAGGAGGCCAUGGACAUCAGCAAGAAGGAGAUGCCACCCACCAACCCCAUCCGCCUGGGCCUAGCCCUAAACUUUUCUGUCUUCCACUAUGAGAUCGCCAACAGCCCUGAGGAGGCCAUCUCGCUGGCCAAAACCACUUUCGACGAGGCCAUGGCUGACCUGCACACACUCAGCGAGGACUCCUACAAAGACAGCACCCUCAUUAUGCAGCUGCUGAGAGAUAACCUGUCGCUGUGGACAGCCGACAACGCCGGGGAAGAGGGCGGCGAAGCUCCCGAGGAGCCCCAGAGCUGAGCCUGCCUGCUGCUGCUGCCUGCCCAGCCCUGCCCGCUCCAGUCCCCAGCCGCCCAGAGGACUUGUACGGGGUGGGAGGCCCGGCCCUUCCCAGACCUUUUUGAGUGCACCGCCCCAGCCCACAAAGGCUCCUCCGGGGACGCAGCUGCGCUGAGGCCACCGUGCCCAGGAACCACUCUUCACGCACCAGCAGCGGGACACCCCAUCCACCUCUGCUCCUGGCGCCCCUUCUUCCUACCCCACGCUACUCCUGACCCGAGCCACUUCCCCACCCCGCGCCACCCUCUGGCCCCUGCUGCCUCUGGAUCUUAGGAAUCAAGAAGCGUCCCACCCGUGGCUGUGGCUGAGAACUGGACUGUGCGGCAGAGGCUGGAGAAGGGUGUGUGCGUGCGCAUGCGUGUGAGUGUGUGAGAGUGAGUGAAAGUGCAUCUGUUGGGUGUGACCAUGUUCCUCUCAAUAAAGUUCCGCUGUGACA